CACUUUGUACCAUAAAUCAUAAAAUAGUAGAACAGCCUUAGAAAUGAUAUAUUUCAAAACUAGUCCAGAGGACAAGUGUCAUCCUUAUUUCAGAUAUUCCUGCUUAUUGUAGAUAGUCCUGCUUUUGAAUAAGCGAAUUUUUGUACCAUGUUUACAUUUUCAGUCAGUUUUAUUCAGUUCCAAUUUGUACCUAUAUUGAAGCAUUGAGAACUGGUUCAGAAUCAUCACCCUCAAAUACUACCAGUCAAUGAGGAAUAUUUGAAAUCAGGGUCUAAGCUUGUGAAUUUGGAUCCAUGAUGGUAACAUGGCAUUUUAGAAUUCAACUAGUCAUUUCAUCAGUGGUAUGGAAUCUAGGCAAUGACUUAGUUUGAUAAUCACUAGAAAACAAAAUAGAUUAACUUAAGUGAUACUUUCAGACUGUUGCGCAUAUUCAGAUACAAUUUUACCUGGUGUGCACAAUUUUGGUUUUCUCAAAUCCCUUUAUUCUGUCUGGUUUGGCCCAUGGGGAUUCCAGGCUACAAUAGGUCCCCGGCAACCAGCUUGUCGUAAGAGACGACCUAUAGGAUGAUCAGACACAGUGACUUUGCUUGUCAUCGUACCCCCAUAAUGUGAAUCAUUGCUCAUAUUUGUCACCGGAUUGUCUGGUCCAUAAUCCUGAAUGCGGACUAGACAGCAAUCAAACAAAAAUUGUAUGGUUUCAGCUGACAAAGGUUGACAUGAAGACGAGGACCUGUGUCCACUGGAGGACAGAAGAUGGAGAUCAGCCUGGGGAACCGGUCUUCAUAGCCAGGCCAGGGGGAACGGAGGAGGACGAUGGUGUAAUUCUGUCCCCUGUAUUCCCGACGAAACCCGGUCGCAAGGGCUUCCUCCUGGUGCUUGAUGGGAAGACAUUCAAGGAACUGGCGAGAGCAGAGACGCCCCCUGGUGUCAAGAUGCCGAUCACAUUCCACGGGUCGUUCAUACCCUGAGGGAAACUUGAACCAAAGAUAUCACU